AAAAGACUGAACUGGUCGAGGAACAUGAAUUUCAGCGGUGCGACUGAAUACUCUAACAUGACCAACAUGAGUACUACCAGUUCGUCAGUCAUCCAGCAUCAUCCAUCAAUGGUCAAGAUAAGCGUGUAUAUCGUACUUCAAAUUUGUUCUCUCGUUGGUAACAUCGCCCUCAUCAUAGUGAUAUUUCGAACUAACGCUUUAAAAACUGCUUUCAACCACUUGGUAGUGAACAUGGCUAUCUCUGACCUGUUCGUACCUCUGCUGGUGAUCCCAUACAAGCUUGGUGAUGAGCUACGUUCAAAUGGCUUCUUAACAGACUGGCCCGUUGAUGGCACCAUGGGWGAUCUAAUGUGUAGGGUGUAUUGGUUUUGUACAGACAUGUCGCCUGCAGUAUCGAGCUUCAGCUUAGUUGCCAUUGCAACCAACAGAUUUGUGGCCAUUGUAUACCCAUUCAAGGCCCAAUUAAGCAACAUCAUGAACGAGAAAAACAAGCUUUUCAUUGCCUUAAUCUGGMUGCUUGCAGGGUUACUCUACUGCCCGCAUUUUUACUUUUUCACACUCUCACCAGGGAGAAAAUGUAGGCUUUCGAUAGACCCUAAGCAAUCCUUAAGUAUUUAUUUCGGGUUUAUCAUAAUCUUCUCCUUUUUCAUUCCUUUUACAAUCAUCACCGUUGAAUACCUAAUGAUGAUCUCAAGACUCCACAGAAAAUCAGAAAGUGUGAAAGAUUGUUUAAACAACAAGCAAUAUCGAUCACGUCAGAGAAGAAAUAAGCAGAUCUUUUUUUUGAGCAUUGCCAUCAUUCUUUCRUAUGCUUUUCUGGUCGGACCAAUUUUCUGUUAUAUGUUUGUYAUAAACUUUAUCUUGAAAUGGAACUUUAAACCCGACACGGAAAUGAUAAUUUUCGUUUUACAAAUAAUUUACAUUGUAUACACUUCAAGCAAUCCGGUCAUAUAUUUUGUCUUCGUCAAGUCGUAUCGCCAAGGUCUUAAGAAUCUUAUUUGUGGYAAAGAUCCGAAUGCACAUCAUCCAAGCAUGUCUUCAAUGCAUCACAUCAGCCUCAUYGCAAAAUCACGAUUAUGAACCUACAGUCGUUUGACCAACUUUUCUGGAACUGACUUUGUGAAAAUCGGCGUUUUAUUUUGCCUGUGUAUAUACUAUUCUAUGCUAUAAUCCUAUCUUAAAAUUGUCAUGAAUAAUAAAUAGAAAACCGGCYCACUUAGAUAGAUUGAUAAAUAGAUGAAUUAGAUGUUGUUUUUUAAUUAAAAAAGACGUAUAAACAUUGCACAGAUAGAUACUACAUACAUAAUAAAAAAGAAAAAGCGAAGAUGGUGGAAUUAAAAUUUAUAUGAACUAUAUAGGUGGAGUUCUCUUGAUGUUUAUUAAAUGUCAAUAAACUUCCAUGGGAUAUAUUGUGA